AUGACGCCGAACACAAGAACAGUGGUGAAUGCUGCAUCAGGAGGGUCCUUGAAGACAAAAACUCCAGAGGAAGCCUUGGAAUUACUAGAGUCUCUAGCCUCUCAGGAGUAUGAUAAUGCUCCCGCACCACAGAGAAGAGCGGGGAUUAUGAAGCUUGAUGGCUAUGAUGCCAUCUUGGCCCAGAAUGAUCAGAUCCUACAGUCCAAUAAGAAACAGCAACAACAACUAGAUGCUCUCACAAAGCAAUUUUCUGAUUUUCAAGUUUCUUCUAAUACUUCAGUAGCUCAUGUUAAUACUUUUUCUAUUGUUUGUGAUAUUUGCGCAGGUGCUCAUACUACUGAUGACUGCAAGGCACCCGAAACUGCAGAUGUUAAUGGAAUUUGGCAUGAUCAGAAAGUUCCAUAUAAUCCAGGGAGGAACCAAUACGGCAAUAACCAGAAUCAAGGGUGGAGAAAUAAAAAUCAACAUCCAGGAUUCAGUUAUAGCUCGAAUCAUCAGCUAAAUCCUCCUAUGCCAGCACCACAGCAACCUCCACAACAAUCAGAGUGGGAGAAAGCCUUUGCACAACUAUCCAAGACCACAUCAGACUACGUUCAAAGUACCAAUGCAUUCAGGGAAGACACUUCAACCUUUAUGCAGGAGACCAGGGCCUCAUUCCGGAAUCAAGAAGCCUCUAUCCGGAAUCUUGAAACCCAGAUCGGUCAAUUGUCAAGGCAGUUCAAUGAAAGAACCCAAGGCACUUUCCCGAGUAAUACAGACGUUAAUCCAAACGCACACUGCAAGGCCAUUACCACUAGAAGUGGCAUUGUAAUUGAACCUGUGAUUAAGCCUUCAUUCAUGAAAGAUCUCUUAUCGAAGAAACGUAAACUGAAAGAAUGUGAAACGGUUACGUUGACGGAAGAGUGUAGUGCUAUAAUUCAGAAAAAGUUGCCUCCAAAACUUGAAGAUCCUGGAAGUUUCAGCAUUCCCAUAGAAAUUGGCAACAUUGAUGUGGGAAAGGCGUUAUGUGACUUGGGAGCUAGUAUUAACCUUAUGCCAUUAUCCAUCUGCAAGGCUCUGGGGAUUCAUGAAUUAAAGCCGACCAAAGUUUCACUGCAGCUAGCAGACAGAUCUACCAGAAGGCCAGAUGGAGUUAUUGAAGAUGUCUUGGUGAAGAUUGAUAAGUUCAUAUUCCCUGCAGACUUUGUCAUCUUAGACAUGCAAGAGGAUGCUGAAAUUCCCUUACUGUUGGGAAGGCCCUUUUUAGCCACUGCAAGGGCUAUGAUUGAUGUGGAGCAGGGUAAGCUGAUGUUGCGGGUUAAUGAUGAAACCGUAACUAUUGAUGUUCUUGAAUCUAUGAAACAUCCUUCCGACGGAGGAGAUUGCUUCAAGAUUGAUGUGAUCAAUGAUGCAGUGCUAGAUACAGUUGAUGAAAUACUCCAACCACUGAUGGAAUUGGAGUCAUUAGAAGAAGAUCUACUGCACAAUACGACUGAAGCAACAGAAGGAGAACAAGAGGUUGAAAAGCUAGAAGAGAAAGUUGAUGAUAUCAUUCCAGGUGCACCAAAGGUUGAAUUGAAAGAACUUCCUCCCACUUUGAAAUAUGCAUUUCUUGGAGAAAGCAAGACAUACCCGGUGAUCAUCAACAUAAAUUUAUCAACCGCCGAAGAAGAAAAAUUAUUGAAGGUGUUGAGAGAGCACAGAACAGCUAUAGGAUGGUCUAUUACAGACUUGAAAGGAAUAAACCCAUCUUUUUGCACUCAUAAAAUAUUGAUGGAGAAUGAGGUGAAGCCAGUCAGACAACCACAGAGGAGAUUGAAUCCAACUAUGAAAGAAGUUGUGAGAAAAGAAGUCGUGAAGCUCUUGGAUGCUGGUAUGAUUUAUCCAAUCUCUGAUAGUGCAUGGAGAUGCCAAGAGAGUAAUUUAGUACUCAACUGGGAAAAAUGCCACUUUAUGGUAAGAGAUGGAAUAGUCUUAGGCCAUAAAAUCUCAGAGAAGGGGAUUGAAGUUGAUAGAGCAAAGAUCUCACUUAUAGAAAAACUUCCCCCUCCCUCUAAUGUGCGUGGUGUGCGUAGCUUUCUUGGACAUGCAGGUUUCUAUCGGCGUUUCAUCAGAGAUUUCUCAAAGAUAGCCAAACCCCUCUGCAAAUUAUUGGCCAAAGAAGAAGAGUUCAACUUUGACAAUGAUUGUUUGAUUUCUUUUAAUCUUUUGAAAGAAAAAUUGACUACCGCACCUAUUAUCACUUCACCGAAUUUUGAAUUACCUUUUGAAUUAAUGUGUGAUGCUAGUGAUUAUGCUAUAGGUGCAGUCUUAGGUCAAAGAAAAGAUAAACUCUUGCAUGUUAUAUAUUAUGCUAGUAAAAUUCUAAAUGAAGCACAAUUAAAUUAUACUACUACUGAGAAAGAAUUACUAGCUGUUAUAUAUGCUUUUGAUAAAUUUAGAACCUAUUUGCUAGGAUCUAAAGUUAUUGUGUAUACUGACCAUGCUGCCUUGAAAUACUUAUUGACUAAACAGGAUGCUAAGCCAAGACUACUUAGGUGGAUGCUUCUACUUCAAGAAUUUGAGAUAGAAAUCAGAGAAAAGAAGGGAGUAGAGAACCGGGUAGCUGAUCAUCUCUCUAGACUUCAAGAGAAAGAACUUCAAGAUAGUUCAGAAUUGAUAAUCCGAGAUGAGUUUCCAGAUGAGCAAGUUCUCUCAGUCAGCACACUGCCAUGGUUUAUGAAUGAGCAAGCUCUUGCAGUAGACACCGCACCAUGGUUUGCAGACUUUGCAAAUUUCAAAGCAGCUGGGACAAUUCCUAAAGAUUUUUCGUGGCAACAACGGAAAAAGUUUCUCCGCGAUGUGAAAAGAUACUUGUGGGAUGAACCAUUCCUAUUCUACACAUGUUCUGACGGAGUCAUUAGAAGAUGCAUCCCUGAAGAAGAGAUGAAAGAUGUUCUAUGGCACUGUCACGGUUCAGAAUACGGAGGCCACUUCGCGGGAGAAAGGACGGCUGCAAAGGUUCUUAUGAGCGGAUUCUAUUGGCCCACUCUAUAUAAAGAUGCCAGAAAAUUCGUGGAAUCUUGUGAUCGUUGCCAAAGAACGGGGAACAUAUCAAAAAGACAUGAAAUGCCACUAAACAACAUCAUGGAAGUUGAAAUCUUCGACGUUUGGGGCAUUGACUUCAUGGGGCCUUUCCCCACUUCAUACGGGAAUAAAUAUAUAUUGGUGGCGGUGGAUUACGUCUCUAAAUGGGUGGAAGCGGUUGCUUUGCCUACCAAUGAUUCUAGAGUCGUGAUCAACUUCAUUAAGAAAAACAUCUUUGUGAGGUAUGGAGUACCAAGAGCAAUGAUCAGCGACGGAGGCACACAUUUCUGCAACAGACAAGUUGAAUAUGUGCUCGCAAAAUACAGUGUCAGACACCGCAUUGCCACACCAUAUCAUCCACAAACCAGUGGGCAAGUGGAAAUAUCAAACCGGGAACUAAAGCGUAUUCUUGAGAAAACAGUAGGAAGCUCCCGGAAAGAUUGGGCCCGCAAGCUAGAUGAUGCACUAUGGGCAUACCGGACCGCUUUCAAGACACCCAUUGGCAUGUCUCCGUUUCAAAUGUUGUUCGGGAAAGCUUGUCACUUGCCGGUAGAGAUGGAACACAAGGCUUUGUGGGCUGUCAAGUUCUUAAACUUUGAUACAAAAGCGGCAAGUGAAAAGAGGUUGUUACAACUGGAUGAGUUAGACGAAUUCAGAUUAUCAGCGUAUGAAAGUGCCAGCCUCUACAAAGAGAAAACCAAGAAGUGGCAUGACAGAAAAAUAUUGGGCAGAGACUUCAAGGUUGGACAACAAGUUCUGCUGUUUAAUUCACGGUUGAGACUCUUUCCGGGAAAGCUCAAGUCUAGAUGGUCAGGACCGUUUCUGGUGAAAGAAAUACGUCCUUAUGGUACAGUGGAAUUUAGUCUUAAAAAUAUGAGGUGGAUGAGAUGA